AUGGACCCCCGGAGAAAUGAGCGCAUCUCAACCGCCAGCAACGACGACUCGAUACUUCAGUAUGUCAACGACAAGAAGUCGGGAAGGAAAAGGCGCCGGCGCGCAUGUCCGAUUCUGAUCCUACUCGCCUUGGUAAUCCACUUCCUUGCAUCCGGAUGCGGGAUCACCAUCAGCGUACUCGUCGUCCGCUUCGGCCUGGAGACAUCAGUCGCUGGGAGGCAGGACCUCGUGUCGAGGAUCCUGCUGUUCGUUUCCAGCUGCAUCGGCAAUGUCUACAUGCUAAUGCACAUAUUUGCGUCGCGGGAGAAAUACGUCCGGAGCCUUCAGAAUGGCAGCCCGCAGAUACAUGGAUAUUUCUUCGCGGCCGUGUCUUUUUUAAUCGCACGGCUCAGCUUGCCAGUCUGGAUUGCGACAGUCGUCAUGAACGCACUCGUCGCAGCCAUGGUUGGCUUUAAUCUACAGAAUGGCCUCAAGGCAAAUGUGGUCUGGAUCCAGCUCCUGAUCGCAACGGUGGCCUUCCAGGCUGUGCCCACGCCGCUUGAGACCAUCUUCGGGUCGCGGGAGACGCUGCCUGAUCCUCGAAACUCGCCGGGCAUCAAGGGCGACUUUUCCUGGAGACCGCCGACCAGAGACUCGGAAUACAACCAGAGGCCGCUAACCUCGGAUUCCUUCCGCGAUACUCUGCAGCCACGGAGCAAUGCGGCCUCCACGGUCUUCUCGAACCUGUCUGCACUGCCUCAACCUCUGGCCACUAAUCCGGUGCCCGGCACCUUUGGACCGCCAGAUGAGCAAGCCAGACGGCAGUCCGUCGUGCGGCCACGCUCGUCCUCUGUACCACCAGAGGCACAAUCAAAGCCCCCAGUCCAGAGGCGGCCUACACUGCCGGAUCUCACCGACCUGCCCGCCCGCGCCGCAGCUCGUCGGAGGAACUCAUUGAUCGCCCGGGAAGCCGACUUAGACCCCCGUGCGUCUGCAGAGAUCUCUCGACGUUUCAGCCUCAUCGGCCAGAACAACGUCGCUCCCCCCUCGCCAAGGAACGACCUCGUCGAGGUCCCCAUCCCGAACAUCACGCCCCGUGAGCUCGAGACGGACGAGGACGGCAUCAUACCCGUGGAGUCCCACCCCCUCGCGAGGAACAACACGACGAAGUCGCGCCUCGUCCGUAACUUCUCUCGACCCAGGCGCAGGAGCACGAUGGUGGGGCCCGUCGACGUCGUCAUGGACGGCGACAAGGCGAGGCGCACAUCCUCGUUCAUCCCGGAGCCCGCACGCGAGCGCGGCCGCGGCAGGAGACAGGGAGGGGGAGGAGACGGCGUGGGAGACGACAGGCGGGCCGAGGUCCGGCGGUCCAAGUCGCUCCCGCCCGUCGCCUCCAACACCGCCGCGAGGACCAAGAGGGUCAGCCUGGUCCUGGACGAGCCGCGGUCCAAGCCGCCCACGGCCCGGCUCCCCCGGAAGCCGGUGGCCGGCCCGCGCUUCUCGCCCUUCCCCUCGACUGCCGCCGCCGCCUCGGAGCCUCGCAGGCUCAAGGGCCUGGGCCAGGGGUCGGCGCGGAGGCUGGACACGGAGGUUAAGCGCUGGGUGGAGGGCGUGCAGGCCGAGCCGAGGACUUCGAGCGACGCUGAGGCGCCGCCGUCUAUUAUCUCGGACGUGUCUACUGAUAUCCUGGACCCCGAGAUUACCGCGCCGGCCAGGCGUGGGGGAAGUGGGAAGCUGAGCCGGGAGGACUCGAUCCCUGGGCGGAUGAGGCGCAUUUCGCAGAACUUCUAA